CUUUUUAAUUCAUAGUGCCACUGAUUCCGUAUUCAUCCCACUUUGUCUCUGUCUUUGAUCUUCUUGUUUUUGAUGCCUAUAAGGCGGUGAGCUGUUGUCUUAUGUGUUGUAUGAGUUGACAGGGUUGUCUUUGUUUAUCCUGUCUUUCGCUUUUACACCUCACACUCGCUUCUCAGAGCUCACACAAAUACUUUUACCAUCAUCGAUUUUCAUUUAAAAAAGUCCUGUUACUGUGAAAUCUAUCAGAAUGCAUAAGGAAAAGUUGGCUGUUAUCCUGGCUUUGGCUGCCAUUAUCAUGGCAUGGCCUUUUCGUCUCCCAAUCUCUCUGCAGCCUGUUGUGGAACUGUCUCUUCCAGGAGUGGGCCACGUCCUGUCUGAAGGACAGAAUCACAAAAUCCAACACGUCAAAAGAGACGCCGAGAAAGAUGCCCAUCACGGUGUUAUUCUUUCAAAGCUCAUAGAGAUUCGCGCCGAGACUGAUACCACGACUGAUACUACCUCAGCAACUACAGACACUGCGACAACUGCGACAUCGACCUCAGACACUGCAACUACUACGUCUGAUACGACCGCUACCUCUACUACCACAUCUGAGACAUCGUCCACUACUGCGUCGACUGCCUCUUCUACCACCGCGACCACUACAAGCAGCACGUCCACAUCAGCAUCAAGUACUACCACCGCAUCCACAUCGUCCAGCACGGCAACGACCACUUCCUCCAGUACAUCUUCCACUACAUCAUCUACUUCCUCCUGUGCCCCCUCGGCAACAAGCAGUUCCUGUGUAGCUCUCAGAAAAUUCAAUCAUGACGGCAUCGUCCGUGCAAUCGCCGUCUUCUGCUCACUGGCUGGUGUCGGCCUCAUUUUUAUCCUCUGGCGCUACAUCAAGAGGAGAAAAGAGCAGAAUCGUCAAAAGCAAAACCGGAUCAGCCAGAACAGCGACAAUUCGACUGCCUCGACGGAGUUUCUGACCGGUGAAGGAAGGGUCAUGUCGCCCGCGGAUAAGCAGCGGUACAGGGAGUCACUCAUGUUUAUGGAUCAGCGGUCGUCGACUGCUUUCGACUCGCGACGCAAUAGUAGAAAUAUCCUAGUUGUCUCACCGCUGGCAAAAGAAGAGUCUACGGAUCCCGCGAAUACGGACAUUGCGCUGGAGCCGAUGCGUCCUGCUCACAUUUAAAAGGAGUCUGAAGGAGUUGGGUUGGAUGCUUACGAUGAACGUUUACGGACUUCACCGAUAGCGAGGGCAGAGUCUAAGGACACAUGAAUCACGGAUACCGCACUGGAGCGAAUGCCCUGCGCAUAUUCAAGGAGUUCGAGGAGUUGGAUCGGAUUGUGAUUUUCCCCCGGUUGAUGCUAAUGGAAUGUUCUGGGAUGGAUGCAUCUGAGAAUGAUGAACGUUUAUGGGCGUAUGUAUGAGUACAAAUUUUCCAUCAAAUCCUCUUCUUGUAUGUAUGUGUUGAGAUCAAAAAUCAUGAUUCUAUUUUUACUCUUCGG